CAGGCAUUUGUAAAAUAGUGGCGGAGAGAGACGGUGGUGGAAGUUAAAGCGAGCAGGAGUAGCGGCUUAGCUAAACUAGGGUGGUCCAGCUGCGCGCGGAGGAGAGGAAGAGGAGUUUUCUCGGCGUUUCUGGAGAUGGAGGAAGAUCGCAGCGAACAGAUGAGACCGCUCCUCACAUCUGGUAACGAUGAAGAGGCGGUGUUGGACCAGGGGAAGACCAGCUCCACCCUCCAUACUAACUUUGAAAAAGAGGAACUCGAGAGUCACAGAGCCGUGUAUGUUGGUGUUCAUGUCCCUUUGGGACGCCAGAGCCGGAAGCGGCACCGUCACAGAGGACAUCGACAUCAUCGAAAGCGUCGAGACCGUUCGGACAGGGAGGACGGGCGAGAGUCGCCGUCGUACGACACACCGAGUCAGAGAGUCCAGUUCAUCCUGGGGACGGAGGACGACGAUGAGGAGCACAUCCCCCAUGACCUGUUCACCGAGCUGGACGAGCUGGCCUUCAAAGACGGAAACGUCCAGGAGUGGAAGGAGAUGGCCAGGUGGUUGAAAUUUGAGGAAGACGUGGAGGACGGCGGGGAGCGCUGGAGUAAACCCUACGUGGCCACUCUGUCCCUGCACAGCCUGUUUGAGCUGCGUUCCUGCAUCCUGAACGGCACCGUGCUGCUCGACAUGAGAGCCAACACCAUCGAGGAGAUCGCAGACAUGGUGAUCGACAGCAUGCUGGCCUCGGGUCAGCUGGAAGGAGGAGUUCGGGAGAAGGUGAAGGAGGCCAUGUUGAGGCGUCACCACCAUCAGAACGAGAAGAAGCUGAGUAAUCGCAUCCCUCUGGUCCGGUCCUUCGCUGACAUAGGCAAGAAACAAUCGGACUCGCAUUUACUGGACCGCAACGGUCUGCUGGCGUCACCGCAGUCGGCUCCUGGAAACCUGGACACCAGUAAGAACAGCGAGAACCGCAUCAACAGCGGCAGCCGAGAGAACAGCACCGUGGACUUCAGCAAGGUGGAUAUGAACUUCAUGAAGAAGAUCCCUCCUGGUGCCGAAGCCUCCAACGUCCUGGUGGGUGAGGUGGACUUCCUGGAGCAUCCAAUCAUCGCCUUUAUUCGCCUGUCACCCGCUGUGCUGCUGACCGGCCUCACUGAGGUCCCGGUUCCCACCAGGUUUCUCUUCCUGCUGCUAGGUCCGUUUGGAAAAGGACCACAGUACCAUGAGAUCGGACGCUCCAUCGCCACUUUGAUGACCGACGAGAUCUUCCACGAUGUGGCGUACAAGGCAAAGGACCGGAACGACCUGCUGUCCGGCAUUGACGAGUUCCUGGACCAGGUCACUGUGCUGCCUCCGGGGGAGUGGGACCCCAGCAUCCGCAUCGAACCCCCGAAGAGCGUCCCUUCUCAGGAGAAGAGGAAGAUGCCGACGCUGCCUAACGGCUCCGCCCACAGCUCUGAUGCGGUUAAGGAGGCGGAGCAUCACACAGGCCCAGAGCUGCAAAGGACCGGCAGGAUCUUUGGAGGUCUGGUGAACGACGUUCGGAGGAAACUGCCCUUCCUAUGGAGCGAUGUCAGAGACGCCAUGAGCCUCCAGUGUUUGGCCUCCAUCCUCUUCCUCUACUGCGCCUGCAUGUCGCCCGUCAUCACGUUCGGAGGUCUGCUGGGAGAAGCCACCAAAGGAAACAUAAGUGCCAUAGAGUCUCUCUUUGGGGCGUCUCUGACGGGCGUGGCCUACUCUCUGUUUGCCGGUCAGCCUCUUACCAUCCUGGGCAGCACCGGUCCGGUUCUGGUGUUCGAGAAGAUCCUCUUCAAGUUCUGCAGCGACUACAGCCUGUCCUACUUGUCCCUGAGGACCAGCAUUGGGCUCUGGACGGCCUUCCUCUGCCUGCUGCUGGUCGCCACCGACGCCAGCUCCCUGGUCUGUUACAUCACCCGCUUCACCGAGGAGGCCUUCGCUGCCCUCAUCUGCCUCAUCUUCAUCUACGAGGCUCUGGAGAAGCUGGUCCACCUCGGGAAGACCUACCCCAUCGACAUGGGCAACCAUCUGGACAACCUCACCUUCUACACGUGUCGGUGUUCUCCGCCAGCCAACGCCUCAGAUGACGUCGUGGAGGUCUGGAGGAGUAGAAACCUGACGUUGGAGACGGUGGAGUGGGAGCAGCUGGGCGUGCAGGACUGUCGGGAGCUCAGAGGUGUGUUUGUCGGCCCGGCCUGCAGCCAUGACAGUCCCUACGUCCCAGACGUCCUCUUUUGGUCCCUCAUCCUCUUCUUCACCACCUUCUUCCUCUCCUCCUUCCUCAAACACUUCAAGACCAAGAGAUAUUUCCCCACCAGGAUCCGAUCCACCUUCAGUGACUUUGCAGUCUUCCUGACCAUCAUGAUCAUGGUGCUGGUGGACUAUCUGGUCGGAGUUCCUUCACCCAAACUCAACGUUCCCGACCGCUUCGAGCCCACGUCCAGCAACCGAGGCUGGUUGAUCUCCCCACUGGGACCAAACCCCUGGUGGACGCUGCUGGUCGCUGCCGUUCCAGCUCUGCUCUGCACCAUCCUGGUCUUCAUGGACCAGCAGAUCACCGCCGUCAUCAUCAACAGGAAGGAGAACAAGCUGAAGAAGGGGUGUGGGUACCACCUGGACCUGCUGGUGGUGGCGGUGAUGCUGGGCGUGUGCUCCAUCAUGGGUCUGCCAUGGUUCGUGGCGGCAACCGUCCUCUCCAUCUCCCACGUCAACAGCCUGAAGGUGGAGUCAGAGUGCGCCGCGCCCGGCGAGCAGCCCAAGUUCCUGGGCAUCAGGGAGCAGAGAGUCACCGGCUUCAUGAUCUUCGUCCUCAUGGGCUGCUCCGUCUUCAUGACGUCCGCCCUGAAAUUCAUCCCGAUGCCUGUCCUCUACGGAGUCUUCCUCUACAUGGGGGUGUCCUCGCUCAAAGGCAUUCAGCUGUUUGAUCGGAUCAAACUGUUCGGUAUGCCGGCCAAGCACCAGCCAGACCUGAUCUACCUGCGCUACGUCCCACUGUGGAAGGUCCACGUCUUCACCGUGGCCCAGCUGUCCUGUCUCAUCGUCCUCUGGGUCAUCAAGGCCUCGCCGGCCGCCGUCGUCUUCCCCAUGAUGGUCCUGGCUCUGGUCUUCAUCCGGAAGCUUCUGGAUUUCUGCUUCACCAAGAGGGAGCUGAGCUGGCUGGACGACCUGAUCCCAGAGAGCAAGAAGAAGAAGGACGAUGACAAGAAGAAGAAGGAGAAGGAGGAUGCUCGGAAGAGGCUGAUGGAGGAAGACCCGCUAUACGGCCGCCGAGACAUCCUGAAGAUCCCCAUCAAGAGCCUGAAGGGACGGUCAGACCCGUCAGAAGUGAACAUCUCAGAUGAAAUGGCCAAAAGUGGGAUUUGGAAAUCUGUUUCCAAGAACCCUGAAGGCAGCAGAGGUCUGAAACGCUGUAGCAGUCAGGAGAAGCUCGCCAGCGUCCAGAUCAGCGUGGAGAACGAAGAUGGCUGCAGGGUGGUGGACUCUGAGACGGCGCUAUGAUUGGAGCACAAAGUGGGCGGCGCCAUGGUGUCCUCCGUCCCGUGAAGACGAGGUGACGGGUCCUGGACCGAUCAGCCGUCACCUGGACAUGCAGCACUUCCUGUGUUUUUCUCUGAUGAGGUGAACGAUUUAUUUUCUCAUCGUUUUAUGGUGAAACACGCAGGCUCCUCCUCUGGGAGCAAACAUGGAGUCGACUUCCUCAGGUCUGUGAUUGGCUAACGACGGGACUCUGCAGACGGGCUGAAAUCCUCGAAUUUUAUCCCUAAACAUGAUUUUUCUGCUUUCAUGAAGCAGACAAGGCUCCUCACUUCAACCAGACUCCACGCAGGAUGGUUUUUAUUUAAUCCAUCGGUCUCACGUGUCUGUGCAUACGUGUGCAUGUGUGCGUGUGCGUGAGAGCGAUCACUGCUGUGCCUCACCUUGCUGCCUGCAGCCGAAAAACUAAUUCAUGUCACAACAAAUGUUAUAUUUCUUUGUAAAUUUUCAAUAAAGUGUUCUGUUGGAAA